AUGCUUUGGGGCGUGAAAAGUGUCAAUGAUUCAUCUAUUGCACUAUCUGCAAUUCUGGUGCGAUUUCUUCUUUCAGACGACACCGAGUUUGUUCCCAUUGGCAAAAAUUCGCAAUUAAACUAUAAAAAGAACUUCUACUCGUAUCGUGCAUUCUUAAAUGGCUCAAAAGGCACCAACUAUAUCAAGCAGCUCUAUUCCUUUUUCAAUCAGCGUGUUUUUCUGGGAAUGCCAUCAGCAGCAGUAUGUUCCACAAAUGAUGACCACGAAGAUGAUGCGGUUACUCAGGCAUUGCUGGCAAUCAGACUUGCUGAUUCACGCCCUGCAGAUACAUCAUCACUUCCCAGCAUUCCGAUUAAUAUUGACACAGAUUUAAUUCCCACUCAAUUCACCGCAAUGGAGGUUGAAUAUAUAGACGAAAGCUGGCCUCCUGAGGACAAUUUAACUGAGAUUCCUCAGAACAUGAGCAAUGGUAAUGUUCAGGAUCGUGGUCGGGGUCGGGGUCGGGGCAGGAGUCGGGGUCAGGGCCGGGGUCGCAGUCGCAGUGAUAGUCAAAUCCAAAGUCAAAAGGCAUCAGCACCAGCUCCAGUCCGCACCACACGGAACCGGAAACAGGUAGUAUAG